AUGCUCGUGACGGAGCAGCAGCAAGGAGCAACUUCUCCAAGCGGCAACGGGCUUGACGGGACAGCAUCAUCAGCAUCGUCAUCGCCGUCAACUCGUCGCAAUGCCCAUCCAAGCCCAUCCUCAGGCCGUCAUGAGAGAGGUACUAGUACACGCCACUUGCGUGCCAUGGAGCAACUCUUGGCUUCCAAGCGCCGGGCCGCUCGACGACUAGCAUCAGCAUCAUCCAUUGCCCAGCUUUGCCGUGGGGCAGCUGACCCUGGUACUUGGGCAAUAGCGCAGAGAGAACAGGACGAAGAAGAAGGCAGCGUCUGGAUUCCAUCGGUCGACCAAGGCACUAACCAGGCCUCCCUGGGGCAAGAUUCUCCCCUCUUCGCCCCCAAUCCCUUGUCACAAAUGCUUCCAAUUGCCUUCUUUUUCUCCUUCGCGAAGAGUCCGUUCGGUGACUAUCCGAACCACAGUCGUCAUCCUGAGCCCUAUGGCGCAGUGAAUCAUGUUAUUUCCGUUUGCCCUAUCACUCUCUAG